ACUUGAAUGAGUGGGCUGCUCAAGGGCAUAACCCAUCCACUGCCAAAGAACUAUUCAAUUUGCGCCAUUCAACUGCUAGAAAUGUGAUAGAGAGAACAUUUGGGCUAUUGAAGAUGAGGUGGGCUAUACUAAGAAGCAACUCAUAUUUUGACUUGCAAAAUCAGAUUAGGAUCAUUAAUGCUUGCUGCAUAUUGCACAACUUUGUAAUUGAUAGACAGAGAGAUAUGGAUGAUUUACUUAUACACCAAGUUGAUCAAGUAAUAUCUUUUGAACCUCAUGAAGUUCAAAGUGAAGUGGGUAUGAUUACCAAUGUUCAAUCAACAAAUGAAUGGAGCAAUUUUAGGGAUACCAAAGCUAACCAAAUGUUUGCUGAUUACCAAGCAAGACGUGGUCAAUGAUAUGGAGAAGGGCAAGAAGUCAGGCUCGGGCAGGGGUUACAUUUCUUGGAAUGAUGACAUGGACAAGGCUCUUCUUGACACAUUUGUGGAGUACUAUAACAAGGGUGACAGAUGCCAGAAUGGGUGGAAGUCUCAUGUCUAUACAACUGCUAUCAAGAAUGUCCGAGAAAAGUGUAAUGUGGAUAUCUCAAAAGACAAUAUCAUGGCGAGGAACAAGACCUUUGACAAACACUACACUAUCAUCAAUGGUAUGCUGGAAUCAAGUGGAUUUGGUUGGGAUUGGAACAAAAAUAAAAUAUCUGUUGAUAGUGAUGCUGUAUGGGAAGAAUAUGUGGCGAAAAACAAAGAAGCUUCUGGUUAUAGGCACAAGACUGUCUUGUACUGGGACUCAAUCAGCUUGGUGUUUGGCAAAGACCAUGCUACCGGUGAAGCGGCAAGGACUGCAGCUGAGAGCUCAAAAGACAUGAGUAAGGAAGAUCUUAGUAACAAAGAGCCCACAUCAUCGGCAACUUCAGGAAGUUUAAAGAGGCAACGGUCAGGCGACUCUUUUACCUCUAUGAUGGCUGAAAAACUAGACAAGUUUGCUGAAGCACUAAAGGAGGAAGCCCCUAAAGGACCAACAUCAAAAGAAAUUCUAGACACACUGAAUGAAGUACAAGGAUUGGAUGAAGACACUUUGUUGGACCUAUUUGAUAUCCUGACCGGUGACGCACGCAAGUACGAGUCUCUGUUGGCGCUUCCAGAGAGGAUGAGGAAGAGGUGGCUUCUAAAACAGCUCAACAAGUGAAGAAACUAGUUCAUCUAUAUCAAGUGAUGGAUAAUAUCUAUUGAACUUGUAAUAAUAUGUAGCUCAUCUGAAAGUAUUAUCUUGUAUUUUAUCUGUAUUUUCCUAGCUGGAGGUAUGUAACUCGUGUAUGAUGUGGUUUUCUUCGAAAACAGUGCUAAGUAUUAGUCUGAAAACAGUGCUAAGUACUCAUCUUUAAUUCCUGAGAAAACAGUGCUAAGUACUCAUCUUUAA